AUGGACGACUUUGAUAGCGACGACGACGAGCUCAUGCUGCAGGCCGUUCAGCAGGUGGAGUCAGGCACAGGCUCCACCGAGAAUGGCAAGCGGAAACGCGACGACGCGUCUGCCACUGUAGAUGCCAACGAGCCCAAGCGGCUACGAGCUGCAAAUGGGGAGACUGUCCAGAACGGGCACUCCUCAAAGCUUGCACUCGCGCGACGCAUACUGACGGACAAGUUUGGCUACCCAGAUUUCCGCCAUGAGCAGGAGGGCGCCAUCGGCCAGGUGCUCGACGGGAACAACGCGCUGGUCAUCUUCCCCACGGGUGCGGGCAAGUCUCUCUGCUAUCAGGUAGGUGACAGGCAUUGCCGUCCUUUCGUUCCAGAUGUUUAUGAGCCAAUCCUCUCAGUUACUGACUUGGCACAGAUCCCAGGCAUCGCCUUUGAGGAGCUCGACAAUGAGUCCGGAGCUCGUGGGGCCGGAGAGCACGGCGUCACUAUCGUCGUGUCACCACUCAUUGCGCUCAUGAAGGACCAGGUUGACGCCCUGAAGAGGCGAGACAUUCCUGCAGACUGCCUGGACUCGACCAAGAAAUGGGACGAAGUGCAGCUCAUCCGCCAGGGCCUCGAGAAGGGCCAGAUCCGCAUUCUGUAUUGUGCUCCCGAGCGCCUCAACAACGAAGGAUUUGUCGAAAGCAUGAAGGAUGUAGCCGGGGGUGUGCGGUUGAUCGCCGUGGACGAGGCUCAUUGCAUUUCGGAAUGGGGCCAUUCCUUCAGGCCUGACUACCUCAAGGUCGCCCGCUUCGUCCAAGAGAUCAAGGCUGAAAGAGUGAUCUGUCUCACCGCCACCGCAACCCCCAGAGUUGCCGAGGACAUUUGCAAGGCUUUCAACAUCAAAGAGUCGGGAGUGUUCCGCACCUCGCCGUACCGGCCCAAUCUACACUUGUCAGCGGAAGCCAUAGAGUUGAAGGAGGAGAAGGAGGCCAAGCUCCUCAAGUUUCUCGAAAAGCACCCUGGAUCGACGCUCGUAUAUGUCACCCAGCAGAAGCAAGCCGAGUUCGUCGCCGCUCAGCUCCGCCGAAAGGGCCUCGACGCGCAGUCGUUCCACGCCGGGAUGAAGGUCGAGGAGAAGCAGAAGAUACAAGACGACUUCAUGGCCUCCAAGAUCAGGAUUGUUGUUGCAACAAUUGCCUUUGGCAUGGGUAUUGACAAGGCAGACAUACGAAACAUCAUCCAUUAUGAUCUGCCUUCGACCGUCGAGGAGUACAGCCAGCAGAUCGGGCGAGCAGGUCGCGAUGGUCUCGCGAGUCACUGCAUGUUGUACCUGUGCCCGCAAGACUUUUAUGUCCGGGAGAACUUUGCGCGUGGAGACCUCCCCUCGAAGCACUCAUUGCAAGGCCUGCUGAGCAGUAUUUUCAGUGACGAGGUCACCAGUUUAUCGAUCGGAGAGACAUUUGGCACCAAGCACCAGGAUCAGUCUCGCGAGUUCGAUAUCAGACUCAGUCCACUGUCUGUCAUCUAUGCCUCCCUCGAAUUACGCUUCGAUCUGAUACGCGCGACCACGCCCGAGUACAAGGAAUACAAAUUCGAAGCCACGUCGAAGUACUACCCGAUAGUCAAGAACGACAAGUCUCCCGCCGGGCAAGCUAUCUUUACAGGGUCGCGCAAGGCUGCCAAGUACCACCAUAUCGAUGUGAAGGAGGUGGCCAAGGCCAAGGGACUACAACGCAACGACAUCGUCAAGAAGUUGAACGUCUUUGAGAGCUGUGGCGCCCUGAAGUUGACAGCAUCAGGGGUAGAGAACCGCUACCGAAUCCUCAAACCGCUGCCGAAGACGAGAAAGGAGAUCGAUGUGCUGGUGGACAAGCUGCACGCCGAUCUGGAACAACGAGAGAAGGACGCACUGAGACGACUGGAGGAGGUCACUGAGCUCAUCACGGGGAGGCAGUGCUACGCCCUCGCCCUGACGCAGCAUUUUGGGAUGGAACUGCCUGAUGGCAAGGAGACAUGUGGACAUUGCAGCUUCUGUCUGACCAAGGAAGCUAUCACGCUGCCUGCACUGCCUUCGAAGUCGGUGGACCACGCCGCUAUUGAAAGGAUACUGGCUGCUACAGAUAUACGCGACGACCCGAGAUUCCUCGCGAGAGUGGCUUUUGGCAUCAAGAGCCCCAGGGUCGGGAAGCUGAAGCUGGACAAGGACCCGGUGUUUGCGUCGCUGGCAGAUCACAACUUUGGCUCGUUGCUUCGAGAGUUUGAGGCGGUCUGCAAUGCAUAG